AUGGCGGCCUAUACGGGCAAGAAAUCGUACAGGAGCGCCGUGCAGUCGCUGGUGAUCGACAUCGGCCAUGGAUACGUACGCGGCGGCUCCGCUGGUGAAAGCCAACCGAGAUGCAUAUGGCCGGCAGCGGUGGGAGCGGGGGGCGACCACGACAUCUUCCCGCUCGUGGAGAACAGCAACUACCGGCACUCGCAAGUCAGGAUGCUGCGCAGGGUGAUGGUUAACCUCUCAGGCGAUCCGCUGAUUGAAAUCGACAAGAAUGCGUACCUCCGAGCCAUCCGCGGCACCUUCGGCGACAGCCGCGUGCUAGAUCGCAGGCUGCUGAACGCUGCAGCCGCAAGGCCUUCGCAAGUCGGGAACGGCCCUGACGUAGUCACCAUGGGAAUCACAACCGCGCCGCGUGACUGCUGGGACCCGUUCAACUGCCGGAGCCUCUCGGCAACCCAUCGCAAAAUCUUCACCAGGCUCGACGAGGUCUGCCUUGAGCGAAUCGUCAGCGGCCUCAACCGCUGGAACAACGUCUCCAGCGGCAUGGGGGAGCAGGAGAACGCGCGGCCGCUGUUCCUCGUGGAGAGCAACCAGAGCAGCGUCGCAGUGCGGGAGCAACAGAUGGAACUGGUCAUGGAGCAGAUGAACUCCCCGGGCAUAUACUUCGGCCAGGGCAGUGCCCUGGCGUGUUACGCCUUCGGGGCCAAGAGCGGCCUCGUUAUCGACGUUGGUGCGGCGACGACGUCGCUGGGGCUGGUUGCGGAGGAGGGCAUAUUCGCGUUCCGCGAGUAUUUCGUGGGGGGCGACCACGUCGACGCGCUGAUGUACAUGCUGCUGAAGGAGUGCGACAAAAAAACGCUGAACGCCGUGCUGCACCACCCCUCGUACUCCCUCGGCACUGCGCUGCGCGAACACAUGAACGACGACUACCUCCCGAGGGCCUUGGCAACACGCAUCUGGCACCACGAGUUCGACCCCAGGCACUUCUACAUACAGGAGAAGCUCAGGGCGCUGAAGGAAUCGGUCAUACACGCCGCGUCGUGCCCCAUCUUCUCCGCAGACUCGCACGCCGAUUCCAGGUACAGCGACAUCACGACCGCGCUGAUGCCCAAAAAGAGAGAAAACGCAUCAGCCGCGUCUAGUGCAGAGACGGUGCUGCCCGACGGGACGCCCAUGGUCAUCGACGUAUACAAGCGGAGGCCGGCGCGACACGCAGCGAAACGUAGCAAGAAGUGGAUGUGGCCGCCCUUGCAGCCGACGGUGGAUCCGAGUGAAGACAGCAGAGGGCCGCCUCAGGAAGGGGAGAAGCGCCUGCAAAACAUCGCCGCCGACAGCGUCAUGGCAGUAGCCUCAGAGAUACUCUUUGACACCGCCGCGGUCGCUGCGCGGCUGCCGAUAGACGUCGGGCGCUUCAAGGGCAUAUACAAGUCGUUCGAGGAGAUGGCGAUCGGGGAAGGGUUGCAAAAUGCGGACGUGUUCCGGAACCUCGUGGUGGUCGGAGGGUGCGCAAACAUGCCGGGGUUCACACAGCGGCUGGCCUACGACUUCCAGCACUACUCGCAGGACGCGCAGUUCCCCGUGCAAGGGGUGGACUACCGCCUGCUCAACCCCGUCGUGAAGCAUAACCGCUCCGUGUCCAGCUGGAUGGGCGCCUCGAUCCUGGCCAGCCUCAGCACGUUCGACUCGAGCUGGAUCUCGGCGGACGAGUACCGCGAGCAUGGCAAGAACAUAUGCAGGCGGAAGGGGUGCUUCAACUUCAUCCAGCACGGAAAUUAG